AGGAGGAGGAGGAAGUCGGGGCUGAGCCGCUUCCUGUAGGCAGCGGGAUGAGCGCAGACAAAGCUGGGUGGGGACUCGCCGCUCGGGGCUGCUGCUGACCACCCUCCUCCUCCUCCUGCGGCCGCAUCCCUCCGGCCCUCCCUCCUCCAUCCCUUCCUCCAUCGCUUCCUCCAUCCUUCCCUCCAUCCAUCCAUCCAUCCAUCCAUCCAUCCCAGCGUCCGUCCAUCCAUCCCUCCAUCCGUCCGUCCGUCCCGCCGCCGCCCGCCCCGCGGGGACCGGGGCACCGCCGCCCGCUUCCAGGCAGUGAAGGGCCAAGAGGAGCAGAGCUUCCCUUAGAGGCACAAAUCACCGGAGAGAUCGGCUUCUGCCCGUCCCGGGAGCGCUCCUGGCCUGCCCAUGGCUAGCAACAACACUGCUAGCAUAGCACAAGCCCGCAAGCUGGUGGAGCAGCUGAAGAUGGAGGCCAACAUCGACAGGAUAAAGGUGUCCAAAGCAGCAGCAGACCUGAUGGCGUACUGCGAAGCCCACGCCAAGGAGGACCCUCUAUUGACCCCCGUCCCGGCCUCAGAAAACCCCUUUAGAGAGAAGAAGUUCUUCUGCGUGAUCCUGUAAACCCUGGAGGAGCCUGACGGGCACUCAGGCCACCCUGAACACUGAUGUAGAGUUUUUAGGAAUGGGGACGACCUGCUGGUCCGCAGAAUUUAAACAAAAAUAAGUAAAAAACACGGCCUGGAAGCUACAGAGAUGUGCAUGUUUAAAGAACCUGGCCACCUUUGGGGGAAUCAGAUGAUCUGCAUUGCGAGGCAAAAGAUCUGAAGUCUGUAGAGUUGCCUAGAAAGAGAAAAACAAAACAAAACAAAACAAAACAACAAAAAAAAAAACCCCAAACCCCAAACCCAUGUAAAGAAUAAAUCCGUGUCACUUUUCUGCUCACAAAAUUGUUUGAUUGUUCCGUAUUUGAAGCACCAGAGUUGUGCUGAGCAAAGUUAACUGCUAAGGAUGUGUAUAACCUUCUUGGAAUGACGUUGUUGGUUCCUUUCCAAGCUAAUAUUUUUGGUUUAAGUUGUCAGAUAUAUAGCGACAGGUGAGGUGGCCGUGCUGUUAACUCAGUGUUUGGUCUUGUGCUUUUUCAUUUCUGGCUGUAGCGUAGCAGGGGGGGCCGAGGGGACACCGGCAGCUCCUGCCUGUCCCCCACGUGCUGGCAACUCAGCAAACCCCACUUUUUACCAUUCUCUCUAUGGUUAGCUUUGGUUCUGCAAGUAAAAGUGGUUCCUGUGUCGUGCUUGGUGCUCCAUACCCCUGUGAUGACAUUCAGUGGUAGUGCAUGAGAGUUUGAUUCCGUUCAUCCGCUCCAGACUUUUCUUUUCUCGCGUUUGGCACCACGUGCUGGUGGAAGAAGCUGUAGGGAGGGAACAGAGGCGAUUCUGAAAGCAAAGAGAGCUCCUGAGAUGCCUUAGACGUGCCUGAAAUACCUCCUGCCACAGGGCAGGUGCCAGCCCGGCUGCAGGGCGAGCCAGAAAUCCGAAAAUCAAAGCCGACCACUUCUUUCCGGGUCUUUCCUUUCUCCUACACCUCUGUGCCUCUGCCCUCCUCGCUUGGUCCUGCUCUUUCCCCGGUUCCUGGCAGCACUUCCUUCCCUUGGGGCUGGUCUGGAAUGUUGCUGGGAUGUUGUUCAGUGCUGGGAUGCUGCUUUGUGGUGGGAUUCUGCUCCGUGGUGGGAUGCUGCUCCACCAUGGAAUGCUGUCCCACCAUGGGAUGCUGCUCCACUAUGGGAUGCUGCUCCAUGGUGGGAUACAGCCCCACUGUAGGAUACAGCUCCAUGGUGGGAUGCUGCUCCACCAUGGGAUGCUGUCCCACCAUGGGAUGCUGCUCCAUGGUGGGAUUCUGCUCUGUGGUGGGAUGCUGCUCCACCAUGGAAUGCUGCCCUUUGGUGGGAUGCUGCCCCAUACUGGGAUAGUGCUCCAUACUGGGAUGCUGCUCCAUGGUGGGACACUGCCCUGCAGUGGGAUACUGCCCCACGAGGGGAUGCUGCUCCACCAUGGAAUGCUGUCCCACCAUGGGAUGCUGCUCCACUAUGGGAUGCUGCUCCAUGGUGGGAUACAGCCCCACUGUAGGAUUCAGCUCCAUUGUGGGAUGCUGCUCCUCCAUGGGAUGCUGCUCCACCAUGGAAUGCUGCUCCACAAUGGGAUGCUCCUCCACGGGAUGCUGCUCCAUGGUGGGAUACAGCUCCAUGGUGGGAUGCUGCUCCACCAUGGAAUGCUACUCCAUGGUGGGAUGCUGCCCCACAAUGGGAUACAGCUCCAUGGUGGGAUGCUGCCUCAAAAUGGGAUGCUGUUCCAUGGCAGGAUGCUGCUCCAUGGCGGGAUACAGCUCCAUGGUGGGAUGCUGCCCCACAAUGGGAUGCUGCCCCACAAUGGGAUACAGCUCCAUGGUGGGAUGCUGCCCCACAGUGGGAUGCUGCCCCACAAUGGGAUGCUGCUCCAUGGUGGGAUACAGCUCCAUGGUGGGAUGCUGCCCCACAGUGGGAUGCUGCCCCACAAUGGGAUGCUGCUCCAUGGUGGGAUGCUGCUCCAUGGUGGGAUACAGCUCCAUGGUGGGAUGCUGCCCCACAAUGGGAUGCUGCUCCAUGGCAGGAUGCUGCUCCAUGGUGAGAUACAGCUCCAUGGUGGGAUGCUGCCCCACAAUGGGAUGCUGCUCCAUGGCAGGAUGCUGCUUCAUGGUGGGACACUUCUGCCCCUUCCUUCACCCACUGCCUCUCCCAUUCCCGCUGCCCCCUCACUGCCUUGGGAAGGGCCAGGGGAGCAGCCCUGGGAGCCGUGGGGCCGCCCCUUCACAGAGGUGCCUGAUUCCCUGUUUACACACGGCCUGGGCUCCGGGCCAGGCUGGGGAGUUAUUCCCAGGCCUUCUUCAUCCGCUCCCAGCUCUCGGGGGACGCACGCCACCUUUUUGGGCUCCUCCUUGGGUCUAUACUUAUGUGGAUGUGGCUGGUCUAGCAACUCCUGGCUUUCCCCACUCAUCCGUCCUCCUGGGAAACUUUGGGAAUCAUCCCUUUGGGAAUCAUAAUGUGGGGAUUUAGGUACAAAAUGAGCUGGGUGUCACAAAGGGGUUUGGGGGUCUGCGGUGACCCCGCUGAACCAGUUCUGAAUCAGGUGUGAGCUUAAAAAUCCCUGUGGAUCCGGGAGGGCAAAAGUCUUUAGGUACCUUUUGGUGACUCUUUCUAGCCCGUAAAAAAGUGCUUUUCGGUUUUUCUACCUUUUCAUACUCUUUUUCUAGUUCUUCUACGGAGAAGGCCAGCUCUUCUCACACUGGACUCCAAACUUUUGGCAUCUGGGAAUGUUUAUAAGCCACGAGAUGGUCCCAGCCACCCCCCAAUUCCCCCAAUUUUUGAUCUUUUUACUACAGCUCCCGUAGCUUUAGGAUGAAGGGUGGAUGAAGUGGUUUGCUCUGCAGCUGGUUUCACUCUUGGUGUUACCAGGCAGAGAUGUAAAAACCCCAUCCUGGGUUUUGCCUUUUCUUUUGAAUCUGAUUUAUUGUCACAGAGAGUGCAGCGCAGCCGCUCUGACCCGGGGCUCCCACCCCCCCCUUCUCAAACGCUGCCAUAAAAGUGGUUUGUAACAAUUUUUUUAAACGACUUGCCUCUUUUACAACUCGAGUUCUUGAUAACUUAGACGACGAAAUAAACCUGCAUGAAUACAGGGGAGCGGGGAGGGGGAGAUUUUGAAGUAACCCAAACUACUCAUCGAAGGUGUUUUAUGUUGCCGGGCCUGAUUUUCUGUUGGCCGUGGUGUUGCCCUUGGUGUGCUGCCAGGUAUUUCACCCCAGUAUUUCUAUUCACACAGAUCUGCCUUUGCCAGCCAAGCAGAGAUCGCCUGCCAAGGUUGUUUCCCCUCCUCACAACAAAAAUCCCAACCACCCCUCCAUCCCCAUGCUGGAUUUCCAGCCUGGUCUCACACAACAUUCCACUACCCCCAGGCUUUUCAAGAAAAAAUAUCUGGAGUACUGGAAAAAGGACUUUUAUUGUCUGCAGAGAUUGCUGGUGGCAAGUCUGUCCAUGCUUUGCCACCCUGCCAGCAGCAGGAUUUUGGGGAGGGGGUGGUUGCAGGCGAAAGCCAGUCGUGGUGUAGCGCAUCCCCAUCCCACAUGGUCUGUGUACUCGUUGGAAAUAAACUUUUGGAUUUAUUUCAA